AUGUUUCUUCCCACCGAUGGGGGCAUGCGAAGGUCCUUUCAAGGAAGUGCCGCAAAAUCUGAUACACAUAGGAGAGAAAAAAAAAAAAAAAAAAGAUUCCCCCAUUUGGGCAUCCGUUGGGGGAGGGCAGCAUCUGACGAAGCCACAGAAGGGACACCCAAGCAUGUGCCUACGCAGGUGGAUGUGACCAUGCCCUUACCACACUUUCUCGAAAGGAACAACGUCCCCUGUAUAUCAAAUCGGUAGCCCUGCGAAAGAGCGGUCGCCUGUGCAUCUCCUUCUCCCUUCACCCACCAACCCAAGUUAACCAAAAUGAUUACCUCCAAUGCGUGUGGUCCCUUUCUUCCCCCUCCUCUCCCCUUGCAGCUACAAGAAAACCUAAUCGCAGAACGGACACUGAAAGAUGGGAAGGAUAUCUUCGUAUUUAAUAACUAUGCCAUUUGGCUAGUCAAGCUAUCGCACCUGUGCAUCUCCCUCUUCUUCCUCAGUGUUAAAAAUAUCUUUCACCUUUCACCCAACUGGGUAUUUCUGAUUUUCUUCUUCGGGUUUUUUAUCAUUUGUUUUUUCUUUUGCAUGAGUUGGUACAGCUGUUUCCGCUUCAUUAGGAGAGUAACAAACGAGGAGCUAAUCGAUGAAGAACUGAACCCCUCCGUGCUGAACGAAAUAAUUCCUCAGAUUUUCUUCUCCGUGAGCUCCUUUUUGCUGAUAAGCCUUCUUUACCUGGGGCACCUGCUAGUCUACCUGAACGUGCAGAACGACGUCAUUUCGGUCCCCGUAGAAUCCCAAAUCAUUUUCGUUUUCUUUUUCUUCUGCUGCGUGUUGUACGGGGCCCUCUUCGAGUACGACAAUUCGGUGGGCGUCUUCCUCCUCGGGGCCAACGGAAUAGCCACUCUGGCGCUUUCCUUCUACCAGACCGGACUCUACCUGGCGCACCUGGUUCGAAGGCACAAACAGAACAAGCUGUUCUAUCGAGACCGAGAGGGGGGCUUCGAGCAAAUGCUCAUGUACACGUGCGCGUCAGCUUUUGCUUCGCUCCUACUGAAGAACCUGAGUCUGAUUAACUCCCAGCUGCUAUCCUUCCUGUUGCUCCUUUCAUCCAUUGGAAGUCGAAUCAUGCACACGUAUGUAUCUUCCUUCCACUCGAGCAAGAAAGCCCCUGGGACGCUGAGUUGA